AUGGCAUCCAGCGACUGCCUGUCAUUUCUGUUAAGCAACGUGUUGAGCGCCUCCGCCCCGCUCUCGAACUGUAGCGAAGAUGACCCUCUGGUGGUCCACUCGCCUGCCCCGGUUUUCCAGAGACGGGCGUAUGAGGAAAAAUUCGCAGAUCGAGAAAUCGACAACCGAUCGACACGCGUGCUAAAAGGUUGCUCAUUUCCUGGCCACUUUCUCAUCCUAAACCUAAGCGACGAAGAGGAUUUGGAAGACAAGUUAGACGGUUUGGUCGUGAGUUCAUGCCCGAGUUCGAGUCUGUCACCCGCACGGCUGAGGGCGCUCAAGAUCCAUGUUCUCCGCUCGCUUCUACUGAAUUUGAAUUUCCUCCGUCCUCCGCUUCUCCCUCUGAUCCUUCAACCGAAAUGGGCCGUUGAGCAUUGGCUACAGACUCCAGAGGGGCGGUCUAGACGGCAGCACUCGCGUUCUCUUCUUCAACCUGGAAAGACCGAUGCGAGACUUCGUAACAGCAACUGCAUAGGAUCCUCCGCUUUCCCUCCGCUGGAGUGUGUCGUGCUCUCGCUCCUGUCGUGGCGACCGUUGCUUUUUACCUCCGUCGAGGUCGGCGCUGCCCACGCUUUGGGUAUCCAUCCCUCUGCUGCUGAGACAGCAUCGGCAGCUUUACUCGCCGGCGCUGUUGCAGGACAGAAAAGAAGAUCCAGCCGUGAUGUUCGCUUGUCUUUAUGCCCGGAUGGGGAGCGGUGGUACGGGCGUUCGUCCUCGCGAAUUCAGGAGACAAACGGUUCCCCGGUGAUGGCGACCCACCAUGCCAGCGAGGGCGCACGAACGCGAGUUCCUUUCACACAUGAAAAGGAAGCUAAUGACAGUGGACACCGGAGUCUUGGCGUCAGCUGUGAUACUCUUCCCUCAGCGGUUCAUGAUAUUCUUUCCUCUGCCCGUAUACCAGGGACAUGUCAUAAGUUUCCCGCGUCUCUUUGCCCCCGCGUGGCUGUGAUGCGAGCUAUCGCCUACUGGUAUUGCUUAGAGCAGUUGCAGCACCCGGACCCUUGGCCAUCAUCUGCCGACGCUGACUCGGGGGGGGACCGCUGGAUGAGACCGGGAAAACCGACGCCUUCCGAUUUGCUGCACGACAAUUCUCAAGCCGGCUCCUCAGGCACACCCCUCAGCGACGCGUUUUGGUCGGCAGCUAGUCCCAGCACGAGGUUGACUCUUGGUGCUCGGGUUUCUAGCCUUGACGGGCCUGGCGGGGCGGGGGGAGGCGGAACCAGCCAUGAGGCUGGCGGAGUAGCGUUGGAGGUUUCGCCAGUCAACGAUGCCGCCAGCGGGGGCUUCUCAGGCGGCGUUUGUGGAGCGUACGACAAUAAGACUGGGAUCUGUGAAGGCCGGUUUCGCGUGAGAGAGCGGAACACCCCGAGCUGCGGGAGCCGCCUGCUGAGCCAGCUUCAGGAUUCUUUCGACUCGGCCAUGAUGGCGGUCCUAGAACGGCAGCAAGAGUCCCUCGUUCAGCUCCGAGAUAGGCAGAGCACUGAAAUGGAGGAGGCAUGUGGACGGCGAGAGGAACAAGUGGCGUGGGAAACUAGUGGAUGCUCUACCAAUGACAGUCUUAUAACCAGGAGGAAGGCUGGUGAGCAUGAGGCCGGAUCUGUUUUCCCCGAUGAUGCAGCCGUGAAAAAAUCAGUCAUAACGAAGGGAAGUGACAGCCAAUUGGCAGCCACAGGGGAACGUGCAAGUAGGGCCGAGGACGCGCAGACGUCUUCGACCACGCGGGAGACACAGGGCACACAUAGUCACCACACACAUCCGCCAGACAACGUGAGCCGUAAUCCAGCACCUGCAUUUGGACAGUCAGCCAAAGAAGCCGUGGGGAUUGCUGGAGACCAGAUGAUCAUCGACCGAAGUCAUGAAGAAACAGCAGGUGUCGAGGCUCUCGUGCUCCAGCAUGUCAGCGAGUUCGAGUUGCUCGAACUGCAUUGGCGGGCUGAGCGAGCUCUGUUGAAGCAACAGCAUUUGCAAGAUUUGAAGGAUGUGGCUAUUGACCUCUAUUUGCUGCAUAAAGCCGCCCUAGAUGGACACGAUAGCCCCUUGAUUCUGCCUGCGCUUCCGUCCGCUCAAGAGAGCGACCUGCUUCCUGCUGACUGGCAUUCACACUACCGGCCAGACUUGGAGGAAGCUGUUGCGGGUCUUCAACAGAGGGACGCCGAAGGGGGGGCGUAUUCUCGCGGAUCCAAAACGGCCGGGCAAGUCUGUUCGGGAGGUCAGGUGAUGCUCUGCAGCGACUGGCAGCGGAUCAAGGAUGAAGGCAACGAACGUAUCGGUGAUUCUGCUCGUCCGGCCGUGCCCCCAUUGCUUUCAUCCAGCCCCGUUACCACGCUUUCAGAGGGCACAGCCGUUCGCCCGACGAAGGCCACGUCAAAUGAAGAAGCUAUUGUUUUCAAAAACGGCUCUCGAGUUGUCGGAACAGCCGCCGACUUGGGUCUGGCGACAGGAACGUCUGUGCUCGAGCGCAAUCUUUCUUUUCGUCCUCGUCCUUGGCAGCGCCAACCACACACUCCACAUCCAGUGUUGGACAUCGUAACGCCGACCAGCCUUCUUCGGCGACUAAUCGAACACCGAAGAAGACAACACAGGGACCGACGGACAGAAGGGAGAAAGAGACUCGAGGACGGGAGACAAGUCGAAUCACAAGGUGCGCCAGUUUCCUAUUCCCGGUCAAGUGACGCCCUGCCUCCCUUGUCGCGCCGAAACAGCUACAGCGACAUGGGAGCUGCGCCGGCUUCUGUUUCGCGGGGGCCUAGCGCCCGGCAAUCGCAGUCGUCGACCUCAGUGGUCACACCAGGGAAGCGCCCGGCGCUACCGUCGAGUCACAAAGGAGACGGAGAGAAGCCUUCGAGACGAACGCUGGCAGAAGAACCUUUUAUCUUUCCCUCUGUUGUAGAUAUCGACGCACUUUUGAGUCCAUCGGCAUGGGAGGAAGGACUGAGGGCCUGGCCGGAAGAACAGCUGUUGAUGAGGCUCAGGCAGCACGCAGUUCUACCCCUCAUGUUUGGACAACAACGAAAGAGGAGUUUUGUUAUCCGCAUAUGCACCGGAAAUGUCACUGACAUCGCCGAGCAGGCGUCAUCGACAAGCGCUGCUGGUGGACAAGGAUAUUCAGGCGCGGUCGCGUCCGGCUUCGGAGAACGCACUCCGAAGAAACCAGACGAUAGCGGCCACCCCAGUGGCGCCGGAGCCCCAAUCCGUGACAGACCGGAACACCCAUGCGGGGCUCGUGCCGACUACCUGUGUGGCAUGACUGCAGCUUAUGACUACCAGGCGACCGAGUGUCCUUCCCGGGCGAACUUCUUUUGGGUUGACUCGGUGCGGUCUCCCUUCUACGCUCGCCAGUAUUGUUCAGAUGAUGCACUCGGCUGCGGGGCACCCGGAAGUGUCGUCGGCGCCAUGACGCGCCGACGCGAAAGUUUUCCGUCAACGCCAAACUCACGAGGCCAGACAUCAGGCGUCGACCACGCUGCUGGGGACGCGGUUACCAGUUCAGUGACUGCAGCAAGAUCGGCACCCUCCAAUGUCCCCGAAAAUCCCACUCCGUUGUCUUCGUCACCUUAUGCUGGCCAGGCGGCGGCUCGCGGACGCGCAUCAAAACCCGCAGCUACAGAGGGAGAGGAUCUGAGAGGGGGCCAUCCGGCAACCGGGGCAGGAAAUGGCUGCUCGUCUUCCUUUUCGUUGGUUGGACCGACGCAUUCGCCACUUGUCGCGAUUGUCUUGCCAGUCGCCGGCUCCGUGAAACUGCAUGCACCAGCGUACCAGCAGUGGCGUGCACGAACGGCCGCAGCUAGCGAUUUCGUUUUUCCUGGCAUCGAUGAGCAACACCGUAUGUUAGAUGUCCACCUCAGUCGACGAAAGGCGGCGCUUUUGACGGAGAGACGGUUUUCCGGGGUACUCAGCCAACAAGAUAAUGUGGCAGAAGGCGCAGGAGAGCAGGGCGGUGCUUUGUCUGCUCACACAGCUUUUCCGCCCGCUCUCGACGUCGGCGAGAUUUUCGUCUCUCGCCAUUCCAACAAUGGAGGCGUCAGCGUAGUGUUCCACUUGGUAGUGUCAGGGACAGCUAACAGCAGUGGGAGUGGAGGGGGAAGAGUCGACGUGUCGCCACCGCGUUCGCAUCGUAACGUUGCUCAUCGGACUGGCGCGUCGUUGCCUAGCACACGCGGCAUUGAUCCCACUAUGCAAACGUCAGGAGUUGAAUCGAAGGGCGUUGGGGAGUCGCGGCGUGGUGAAAGUGCUUUGACAACGAGUGUGGCGGAACCUGGGAAGUGGGAUGCUCGUGGAGGUGCCAGCGUGUCAGCCGAUGAACAAUCAGGUCUUUCCCUCGCUUCUCUGCGGGAGGGGACUCUUGGGGUGAAUGAAGUGGAUGUUACGUCCCAGUGGGCGAGCGCCAGCGUAAUCGAGCACGAGGCUUCGUUGUCAUGUGAACUGCAGUGGGGCUUGAAGGAGAUCCUAGACGUUUCCAGUACAGCGGGAAUAAGGACACUGGUGAUGCCUCUGCUCUUGAUGGAGGGAGGGGCAGCAGACUGUUCGCUGCCCUUCGCGCUGCUUCAGCGCCGUGUGUUCCAGGUGCUCCGGUGUGUGAUAAAUGGGUUGCGAUCUCUCGCUGACUCCAGUGACUGCACGCCUCAGCUCAGACAGGUGGUCUUGGUGCUCCCGCAGCAGUCGCAGCAGCAUGAAACAGGCAAGGGCGUGGCGAGGGGAGGGGAUGCUGUGGGAGAUGCCGGAGGAGAGUGGAAGGCUCAGGACCAACGGUGGAUCGAUGACAUUCUGAACUCGGCCAUCAAUUUCAUCAGAAACAGCACCCAUUGUUGCACUCUUCUAAAAUGA